AUGGCCAUCAAAGGCAACAGCUUUGGUGGUUUGUCCACUGAGCUUGAGUACAUGAUACUUGCUUUCCUGCCUUGCUGCGAACUCAGGACCGCUCGUCUUGUGAACAAGAAGUGGGCGGUUGAAGCAGCAUCAUUGUUAUUCGAUACAGUCAGGAUCAGCCUUAGUGAUACCGAGAAUCGAAAGGUGAACGCCCUCAUUGACGGUCCGCUAGGUGGUUUUCUCAGCAGCGUUAGAGAUCUGUGCAUCUCCGAUUCACCCAGGUUCCACUCGCGGGAAGGGGUAAGGACUAGUUUACUUCGACUGCUCGGCGCCCUCCCCAGAGAUACUCUGACCACCUUUCGGUGUCUUAUUCCUCUCGAUCAGCACACCAUCGGCAUUCUUCUACGUACCCAGUCGCGGCUCAAUCAUCUGGAUGUACCAGUAGACAUGAACGAGCAAAAUGGCUUGCCAGGACCAAAUUUUGUCCGUGCAAACUUGCUUUGUCUCCGUCGCCUAGUUAUCACAGUCACAGGCGGAGUCGGCACCACGUACCAGGGAUAUUCUGCUUGGUUUUCGUACUUUUCUCUACUGGAGGAAUUGUGCAUACAGGGCGGUUCCUAUGAGGUUGACUACUUCGAAGGUUGGACGCCACCGAGAAGCAACGCACUGCUCAAACUUCGCUAUCUCUUGCUAAACGAUAUGUUCCUUGCAGACUCAGUUUCAGACCUUUCUGAACAAAUACAUUUGCCAUCACUGCAGAAUUUAGCAAUAAGACGAUGCAAAGGUACUGCUGCGCUACUGGAAUCGUUCACUGCAGAAUUCCCCAAAUUAGAAGACAAUGCUCUCGAAGUGUUUGAGCAAACCAACGCACAAGAUCUGCAGGAUCAUGAAGCUGCUUCAAGACUUCUCCAAGUCUUGAACAGGCUUCAGGUUGUUAUUUUGACCAACGAGACUUAUCUCGACGAUUCUCUUCUCGACUUGACAGCUCUCUGUGAGGUAGGUCGCACAAUUCGCGCUGUGCACAUCAGCACUUCCCUGGGAACCCGCUACUACAACGCCGACGAACUCAAGCAACUCUCUGCAACGUGUCCCAAUAUAGAGUUCUUAUGCAUUGGUCUAGUCAAUCUUUGGAAAGACAUCAAUGAUACUGAGAUCCUGGACGACUUCGAGUUGUUUCCACCGAGUGGAGGCUCGCCAACACGUGUUGAGUUGAGAAAAUCACUCGAGAUCUUGGCUGGACUAUCAAAGCUCCGUACUCUGAGCAUCGCCAACCACCCACUUGUAACCUCCACAAUGGCCGAAUGCCGAUACCGCCAUCAGCGGCUGGCCGACUCAAUUAUAUCAUUUCUUGCAGAGCUUGGAUCGCCGAUUGAACUGAUCAUCUUCAACCCAGCUUACAAAGACAACUUGCCCGACUAUCUCCUUCCGGACUCCAGCGGUCAUAGGUGGCCUUUCUACUCUUAUCAAAGAGGCACUAUUUCUUUUGCGACUGCAGUACCCCGCCCAGUUGGUAUGGUCGUCGCUGUACCUAUCAAGCGCGAGGAAAUUGGUUUGAUCGAGCCAUUGUAUAAUUACUUCGAUCAAGCUAAACUUGAUCUGCUGUGGGAUGGAGCGCGUAAUCAUGUCUACGGAGCACACAGAGGGAGGUAUAGGCACACAAAGAAAUACCAGAGCACGUUGAGAGAGCAACAAGGCAUGGGGGAAUCUUAG